UUUUUUAACCGAGAGAAUCGCCGUUGGCUUGUGCUACAUGGACCCCGAAAGAGAAGAAGGCGAAACUCAUCACCUCCCAAUCCCAACCUCGCCGGAGACUCACCGUCGUUCCAUCUGCUCCAACUGCCGGCGACCAAAUUCAGUAUGUCUCUGUCACGCGCUUCCCGCAAAACCCAUCCCAACCACCACCCGAAUCCUCAUCCUUCACCACCCUCAAGAAGCCAAACACAAACUCUCCACCACUCCAAUCCUCACCAAAUCCCUCCUCAAUGCCACCUCCAUCACCGGCCGCCGUCUCCGCCGCGGCAAAUCCCCUCUCCUCGACCAUUCUCCUCCCGCCAUCUACCUCUUUCCAUCCACCACUUCCUCACCGGCAAUCAACAUCUCCGACUUCAAACUAUCGGAGCUGAAACGCAACGGCGACGACGGCCUGGUGUUGAUCGCAUUCGACGCCACGUGGAAGCAUGCAAAGGAGAUGGUGAAGGCAAGCGAGGGGUAUUUGUCGAAAUUUGCGGUUAGGGUAUGUUUAGGAAUGGAAGAUGAGAGAGUGAGUGGGGGAAGUAUUUAUGAUUCUGAAUUGAUUUUGAGGAAGGAACCUUUUGGUGGCUGUGUGAGUACUAUGGAGGCUGUGGCUAGAGCAUUAAGGGUUCUUGAGCCUAAUGGGAUUGAGAUUGAGGCCAGUUUGAUUGGGAUUUUGAAGGAAAUGGUGAGGUUGCAGGCUGGUUUUUUAAAGCCUAUGAAUCCCAGACCCAAAUUGUUGAAGAUGAAGAAGCUUAAGGAAGUAGAAGAGUGUGAGAGUUCUGAAAAUGAAAAGCUGUGAUUCAAGGUUGGUAGUGAAACUCAAGAUCUCACAUGGUUUUCAGUUUCUGCAUAAUGCUGGGAUUUUACAUGGAUAAAUUGAUGUUGUGACAAUCCAAGCUUCAGGACUGGGUUGAUUUGACUUGUAGUGUUCCAAACUAUUUGGGGGCAUGAAUGCUUGGUUGUAUAAGAUUCUGAAGUUCAGAAUUCACAUUUGACUGAAGGAGCACAAAGAGAGCUUUGGUAAAUUAUGUUAUGGGAUGGAGAAUUUGGAUGCUCUUUGACACACAAAAAAAUCUUUUACAAUUUGUGUGCUUUCCUUGAAUACUUGUAUCAUUCUCUUCAUGAAUGUAUGCCUUUAUCACUGCUCAAGAAUAAGAUUGGAAGAGAACAAAUUUUAUUGGUCCAAAUUGAUAUGUUGACACUUGACAAGGACAUGGCAAUGAGAUAUGAAGAGAAUAAGAUAUGUCUUUAUUUUGGCGUGUUCGCCUGUGGUUAUUAUGGGCAACAUAGGAAAGAAUAUCUGAUGUCUUAACGUUGUCGAUAUUCUUGUGCAUCAAUGAAUGUUCCUCUUGAAUGCUA